AUGUCUUGCUACGACCUGUGCUCAACUGCUGUUGGUGGCAUCAACCGCCCCCAGCCCCUUGCUGACAGUGGGAAUGAGCCAUGUGUUCGUCAGUGCCCUGACUCCACGACCAUGAUCCAGCCGCCUCCAGUCGUUGUCACCUUCCCCGGCCCCAUCCUCAGCUCCUUCCCCCAGGAUUCAGUUGUGGGAUCCUCUGGAGCACCCGUCCUUGGUGGCUAUGGGGGCUCCCUUGGCUAUGGGGGCUCCCUUGGCUAUGGGGGCUACGGGUCCCUGGGCUAUGGGGGUCUGUAUGGCUAUGGGGGCUAUGGCUCCCUGGGCUAUGGGGUCUGUAGGAUAUGGGGCUCCUCCUUGGGCUGUGGGGGUCUGUAUGGCUAUGGGGGCUCCCUGGGUUACAGGGGCCUGUAUGGCUACGGUAGAUCCUAUGGUUCUGGCUUUUGCAGCCCUUACUCCUACCGGUACAGCAGGUAUAGCCGUGGCAGCUGCGGGCCCUGCUAA